AUGGGAAAUACGGACAGCGUCCACGACGUGGAGAUGAACUCCUUGUCCAAUGUGGACAAUGAUCGUCCUUACAUCAAGAGAACACCAAUGCGCCCAAUGAUAGCGGAAUACGACCCAAAGAAGCACGGUGUGAAAACAGAACUGUCAGACACGGUUCUAGUCAAAUACAAGUGCGAGAAAAAUGACAUACCUAUUACCGUCACGAACGGUUCGACGUUACCACUUGUGGAACGACCAAACGAUGAGGAAGCGGCCCUUUACAAUCCGUUUGAGCAUAGAAAGUUAGCACAUCCCACAUCGGAUUUAGACACAUUGAUACAUCUGCUGAAAGGAAGCUUGGGAACUGGGAUCUUAGCUAUGCCUAUGGCCUUCCGGAAUGCUGGUCUUUUGUUUGGUUUAUUCGCCACGUUCUUCAUCGGAGCAGUUUGCACUUAUUGCGUGCAUAUUUUGGUUAAAUGUGCACAUAACCUAUGCAGGCGAACUCAAACACCGAGCCUAGGGUUCGCUGAUGUCGCAGAAGCGGCAUUUCUUGUCGGUCCUGAACCUGUACAGAAAUAUGCUAGAUUAGCAAAAGCGACAAUCAAUUCGUUCUUAGUGAUCGACCUAAUAGGCUGUUGCUGCGUGUAUAUUGUUUUCAUCUCGACCAAUGUAAAAGGGGUAGUUGAUUAUUAUACGGAAACCGACCGAGAUAUCCGGUUUUAUAUGGCGGCGUUGUUACCUUUCUUAAUCAUAUUCUCUCUCGUGAGAAACUUGAAAUAUCUGGCGCCAUUUUCCAUGCUUGCAAACGUUCUGAUCGCCACUGGAAUGGGGAUCACGUUCUACUAUAUUUUCAGCGAUUUACCAAGCAUAAAGGAUGUACCGAACUUCUCGAGCUGGUCUCAACUACCUCUCUUCUUUGGCACGGCUAUUUUCGCUCUCGAAGGCAUUGGUGUAGUGAUGCCUCUCGAGAACAACAUGAAGACACCAACGCACUUCAUCGGUUGUCCAGGAGUUCUGAACACCGGCAUGUUCUUCGUAGUAUUAUUAUACAGCACCGUAGGUUUCUUCGGCUAUUGGCGAUACGGUGAGGACACGAAGGCCUCGAUCACCCUGAACCCAGAGCAGAGCGACAUCCUCGCCCAAUCCGCCAAACUGAUGAUCGCGGUAGCCAUCUUCCUCACUUACGGCCUACAAUUUUACGUGCCCAUGGAGAUCAUCUGGAAAAAUGUUAAACAAUAUUUCGGCUCGAGAAAACUCUUGGCCGAAUACAUAAUCCGUAUCAUCAUGGUGAUUUUCACCGUUACCGUCGCAAUUGCUAUCCCAAAUCUAGGGCCGUUCAUUUCCUUAGUAGGCGCUGUGUGCCUGUCCACUCUGGGCCUGAUGUUCCCAUCGGUGAUCGAGUUGGUCACCGUGUGGGAUCAGGAGAAUGGAUUGGGGGCGUGUUACUGGAAGCUCUGGAAGAACCUUGCUAUCAUCUCGUUCGGCGUGCUAGGGUUUCUCACCGGUACCUACGUGAGCAUCCAGGAGAUUCUCGAUGAGAAUAAAUGAAGCGCCGGGUUCGAAGGAGCUGCGGUGCGACGGAAUAAUCGCUCAGCGCGUACCAUAUAUAUAUAUAUAUAUAUGUAUACAUAUGGCUUUAACGUGCGUUCGUUCAAAUUUACCGCGACAAGAGAGUGAUUUGUAAGAUAAGAAGUUUCCAAGGUUACUCAUCGAUCGAUCUAUUUUUAUCAUCGAAAAUAAUAUUUAUUAGAU